ACCGCGGAAAUAGGGCGCGGACUGUCGUCCGGCAGGGACCGCUGGUUCGAGCCGAGGUUCGGUCCGGGCCGCAGUGGGGAAUGGCCCGCGGGGCAGAGUUGGUAUGGGGCGGAAGCUGAGGAGCUUAGGCUCUUAAAUUUGUUUCUUUAAAUCUUGCGUCCGGAGUGAAGAGGCCGGAAGUUGCGCUGCUGGAGAACUUUCAGGCUUGGGGAGGGCGAGUGGGUCCCGCCCCUCUCAGGGGACUAGAGGUGGACCCUCUGGGGAUGGUCCCUGGAGAACCGCGCGAUGGUGGGAAGCUGGACUGGUCCCCAGAAAGGCGAAGCCGAGGCCUCUUACUGUGAGCACGUUCUGUGACCUGCCAGUGACCGUAGUUUGCAGCCCUGACUUUUUAAUCUAUCUGUUCUCCUUGGGCACAAAUGUGACCAAUUCCCUAGAGUACCUCCCUAUGAAUGAAAUUGCUGCAUUGAAAGGAGUUUCUUCACAUGGCUUCCGAAGAAGUGACCAUUACAGUUCGCCUCAUUCGUUCAUUUGAGCACCGCAACUUCAAGCCUGUAGUAUAUCACAGAGUUCAUUUGGACCAAACUGUAAAGGAAUUUAUAGUAUUUCUAAAGCAAGAUAUCCCUUUAAGGACCAGCCUGCCACCACCAUUCAGAAAUUACAAAUAUGAUAAACUAAAGAUUGUUCAUCAAGCACAUAAAUCAAAGACGAACGAACUUGUGUUGAGUUUGGAAGACGAUGACAGACUCCUGCUAAGGGAAGAUAGCACCCUGAAAGCCGCUGGAAUCGCCAAUGAAACUGAAAUUGCAUUCUUCUGUGAAGAAGACUAUAAGAACUACAGAGCUAAUCCCAUCUCAUCCUGGUGAAAACCUCACAGGGGCUUCCUUUUUGCAUACUUGUAUUAAGCUCUUUAUUCCACUGGUGAGUUUUUGAAAUUGACAAAUAAACUUAAAAAAACAAAAACAAACUAAUCCUAGGCUCUGCCACUUGAAGUAAAAUCUGUGGUGUUUUCUCUCUUCUGCAGGUCUCAUUUUUUCAUUCUUGUAAAAGAAUAUAUUUAUGGAAAACACAUUUGAUUUUUUUUUUUGACUGAAAGAAAUAGUUAUUCAGAAAUUAGCAUGGAGUUUUGGUUCUUUAGUCAAUUUGUUUUUCUGAAAUUAGGGGUCAUUUUGGUGACCUGAAUGUUGGAUUCUUUAAAGAGUAUAAGGCUAAGGUCAUUCUUUUUAUUUUGUUUUCUCCGUGGUUUCUAAUUAGAGCCCCUGUUACUAUCUUAGGCUAGCAGGGAUUUUAAGAGUCUCUCGUGACCAUGAAUGCCAUCUUGUCACUCACCGUGAUAUACACCACCACACAGGAGAUUGAACUGGGUGUAUUUUAGGGAGGUUUUCUGAUAUAAGAGGGUUACUUCUUUCUUUUCAUAUUUCAACCUACACAAAUAGCAUCGCCAAAAUGUGUUUUUCUGAGCUAUGUUUCCUGACUUCAGGAACAACCUAUAAUAGAAUCAAACUCAUUUAUUUGGAGAGAGAAGGUGGCAGGAUGUUUGCACUUCUGGAAGAAAACUGUUCAUUGAGAACAAGUCUAAGUAAUGGACAAUACAUUCUUUCAAAAUAAUGUAAUACUUUAAUGGCUGACUGCCAGCACCUGAAGGGUAGUGGAUUCAGGAGGGCCUCUCAGCCAGCAUGCAUCUAAUGAGAACUCUGAGAGAGGUUAGUUGGCUCUAGAACUACUCCAUGAACCUUUAAAAUUGUAGGGCAAAUUGGUUUCAUUGUGGUGGAGACUAACUUAAGAAAGCCUAUUCUUAAAAAAAAAAUCAACCUUGAAAGUCUGGUUAACGUAACUAGAAGAUAUGUUGCUUUGUUGAAAGAUUGAAUACAGCCUUGUUUACAAUGACUUUUAUUUAUAUUAUUCAUUGUUUCUUUCCUUAAAGUGCUGAAUGAACAGAUAACGUAGGCUCCUCGGGAGUUCAUAAAGAAUAAUAAGACAGAGUUUUUCCUUCAGUGAGUGCGGAAAGAUAUAAAAGCAAGUAAUUUUGAUGUAAUAGCAGUGCAGACUGCUAUGGAAGCAUUGACAACGGGGUAGUUAAUUCUGUGUGGAUUUGUUUUUAUUUUAAAAGAAGUACCAGUUGAGCUUUGUUUUAAAAUAUUGAAUAGGAAUUUUUGCGUAGUAGAAAUAAGGGAAAGGGAUUUAGGAAGAAGGAACAGCAUGUGUAAAGGCAAAGCACAGUGAAGGAGCUUAGGGUUUUCAUAGAAAGCACAUCUUUCAAGGUGCUGGAGUGUAAAGUACUUGGAGUAGAAGGUUGGUUGAGGUCAGCCUCUUAAAUCAUUGCCAAGGAGUUGGAACUUUAUAUAGUAGGUAGGUGGGAGCCAGUGGAAACAUCUAAACAGGUGACAUUAUUAGAUUUCUAUUUUAGAAAGUAAGCUUUGGCUUACAGUGUCCAGAUGGCAGAAAGAAUAGAGGACAGUUGUCAUAGACCAGGUGAAGCCUAGAAGGGAUGGGGGAGGACAGGAGACCUUGUUGAGAUAGUGCUAACAUUUGGUCAGGCAUUCAGUGGCAGGCAUUGUGUUAGGUACUUUACAUGUGUUAUCUCAUUUAAUUUUUAUCACACUCUUUAGUUUUGAUAGUGUCAUAUUUAUUUAUAGAUGAGGAAAUGGGGGCUCAGAGAGAUAAAGUAACUUAGCCAAGGCAAUGCAGUAAUGUGCAUUGGGAUUGGAACCAGGUCUGUUUAAAUUCCUGACCUUGCCCAUUCCAUCCUGUGGCCUCCCCAGGAGAGAUAUGAGGUAGAAUGACUGGUAGAACCUUUGGGACUGGUGUGGAAAGUAGAGGAGGAGGGAUGGACACUUCAGUGGUUCUUGCUGGAGUGAGUGACUGCAUUGAUGACAGCAUCAACCCCAGUAGAGAAUUUAGUAAAUACAGUAUCAGGUUAAGAAAAAGCAUAUUCCAUUUGAGUAUUUUGCAAACAUUCAAUUUAUGCAUGGUUUUCUUAUUUAAGAAAAAUUAAGCAUACCUUUACCUGUAUAUUUUCUGUUUAACAAAUAAUGCCAAAAUAUGUACAUAGGCAUAAUGCUUUGUUUUGGCGUGUAUUUAUUUUCCUUAUUAGAAAGUUACAUAUAGGACUAUUUCACUCAAACACAGAUGUAAAAAAAUAAAAAAAUAAAAUAUAUUGUGACUAAAAAGAGCUUUUACAAGGAGUGAAGAAAGAUUGGUUCAAACAUAGAAAACUUAUCAGUGUACAUAAUUCACAAAGUAUGUAAAGAAGAAAGAAAUUAUGCUAUCUGAAUAGAUGCCAGAAAAGCAUUUGAUGAUGUGCAAUCCCUUGCAUGAAUAAAAACUAAGAAUAGAACAGAAUGCCCUUAAUCUGAUGAAGGUCAACCACAGAAAACCUACUAAUGGAGAAGUGCUUAAGCAAACCUACGAGAUGAAAAGGACAAGGAGGACCACUAUUAUAUUCAGAAUUGUCCUGCCAGUCUUAUUGUAGCCAAUGCAAUAAGAAAAGUAAUGAGAACCACAGACGUUGGAAAGGAGGAGACAAAACAUUCAUUUGCAGACAGUAUGACUGUAAGAGAAUCAACUGACAAGUUAUGAGUCCUAAUAAGAGACUUCAACAGUGUUUGAUAAUAAACUUGAAAUGUGCACAAAAGCUAUAAAAAUGUUACUAGAGGAUAUAAAAGACCUAAAUAAAGAGAGAGAUACUACAUGUUCAUAGAAGGAAGCUUUGGUGUGGUAAAGGUGUAGAGUUAUACCUAAUCUGUAAUUUAGUGCAACCUCAGUCAAAAUCCCAAAGGACUUAUAUUGGAAUUUGACAAUCUGAUUUUAAGAUUCAUUUGGAAAAGUAAAUGUGUAAGAAUAGCCAAGAUCAAUUUGGAGAAACAAAAAGAAAGCGGGAUUGCCUACCAGAUGUCAAAAUAUAUUUUAAACCUGUAGUAAUUAAAACAGCUAGGUUGUGAUACAGAAAUAGACCAACAAAAUCAGUGGAGUAGAUUAGAGUAGAAACUGACUGAUGUAUAUGGAAACUUAGAAUAUAAUAAAGGUAGUGUUUGUAAUCAGUGGGGAAAAGAAGGAUAUUUAGCACCUGGCUAGGCAUUAAAAAUAUAAUUAAGAACACUACUUCCUACCAUUCACUAAAAUUUCAGUUGGAGUAAAUAAGCAUGCAAAACAAGAUGAUAAACUUACUAGAAAAAAAGGAUUGUUUUUAUGACCUUGGAGUAGAGAUGGCCUUCUUAAAACACGACAUACAGAUAGCAUAAUUUGCUGAAUUUGAUGUAUCUACAUAAAAAACUGAAUUCCCCCCCCCCCAAAAUUAUAAACAGGUUGAAAGACAAGUGAAGACUGGGAAAAAUUUCUUACACUUAGAAGGUAGACAGAGGAUUAGUUUCCAAAAUAUGUAAAGAACUCUUAUUAUAAGUCAAUAAGAAAAGGAUGAACCUGAAACA